AUGCCACGCAUACUUGUUACAGGAGCAGCUGGCUUCAUCGGCCAGAUCGUCUCCAAGGCGCUGCUAGACGACGAGUCCGUCGAGCUCACUCUCGUCGAUGUGAUCGAACCAUCUAUUCCUCGUGGUGCCAAGUAUCCCCAGAACGGGACGACGAUCAAAACAGAUCUGAUCGAAUCGUCCAGCAGUGUCAUUCCCAACAAUCUCGACACAGCCAUCCUCCUACACGGAGUCAUGUCCUCGGCAGCCGAGGCCGACUUAGAACUGGGGUACCGUGUCAAUGUCGACGCGACGCGCGCGCUGCUGCUGAAUCUGGCCAAGAAAUGCCCGGGCGUGAGAGUCAUCUACGCGUCGAGCGAAGCGGUGUACGGAACGCCGGUGCCCAAAGAGGGCGUGUCUGAGGCCACCCAUACGACGCCCGAGAUGUCUUACGGAUGCCAGAAGCUCAUCUGCGAGACUUUGAUCAACGACUUCACGCGCCGUGGCAUGAUCAACGGCUUCUCUUUGCGGUUUCCCACCAUCUCAAUCCGCCCUGGGAAACCCAGCCCUGCGGUGUCGGCUUUUCUAUCAGGGAUCAUCCGCGAGCCACUGAAUGGCUUGGAGUGCCGAGUACCGCUCAAAGAUCGAGCGUGGCGUCACUGGAUGUGUUCCCCAAAGACACUCGUGUACAAUGUCAUUGUAGCGACGAAGUUGCCCCGCGACGCACUAGCUCCUCACCGAAGAGCUGUCAAUGUCCCCGGCUUUGCGGUCACGGUGCAAGACAUGCUGGACGCUCUGGAGCAGGUUGGUGGGAAGGACAAACUGGCGUUGGUCAAGGAAGAGCCCAUCCCGGAGAUGCAGUCCCUCCUGUAUUCGUGGGCCGACGACUUCGAUAAUAGUCUAGGUCUCUCGCUGGGCAUGAAGCAGGAUACGUCGUUUGUACAAUCUUGUCAGGAUUACCUGGAGACUUUGAGAGAGGAGGCUUCUAUGUCUUCGCCGAAAUAG